ACUCUCUCGGCCUGCUCCCCCCCCCGCCCCAGCGUAGGUGGUCAAGAUGGCGGUCGGGGCGCUGCUGUGGGGGAGCGGGGGCCGCCUCCGCCGUGGCCCCUUCUUAGCACCGGGGGCCAGUUCCCGCCUUUUCUACCUCAGGGGCCUUGCCUUAUCACAUAACCAAUCUGGAGAAGAGAGUUGGUUGAAAUCACUGUUUGUCCGAAAGGUUGAUCCCAGGAAAGAUGCUCACUCCAAUCUCUUAGCCAAAAAGGAGACUAGCAGUCUUUAUAAAUUGCAAUUUCACAAUGUCAAACCGGAAUGUCUAGAGUCCUACAACCAACUUUGUCAAAGUGUUCUGCCAAAGAUCCAUGAAGGGAAGGAGUAUCCAUGUACAAUGGUGGGGACAUGGAACACGUGGUACGGAGAGCAAGAUCAGGCUGUCCAUCUCUGGCGAUAUGAGGGCGGCUAUCCAGCCCUUACAGAAGUCAUGAGUAAACUUCGAGAUGAUAAGGAAUUUACAGAGUUUCGCAAAGCAAGAGGAAACAUGCUGCUGUCCCGCAAGAAUCAGUUGCUGUUGGAGUUCAGUUUUUGGAAUGAACCUGUUCCCAGGCCAGGGCCCAAUAUCUAUGAAUUAAGGUCUUAUCAAUUACGUCCUGGAACAAUGAUUGAAUGGGGCAACUACUGGGCCCGGGCCAUUCGUAUACGGCAGGAUGAUAAAGAAGCUGUUGGUGGAUUUUUCUCACAGAUUGGACAGUUGUACAUGGUCCAUCAUCUUUGGGCUUACAGAGACUUGCAGGCGAGAGAAGACAUAAGAAAUGCCGCCUGGCACAAGCAUGGAUGGGAUGAGCUUGUGUACUACACAGUACCACUUAUUCAGGAAAUGGAAUCCAGAAUUAUGAUACCCUUGAAGAUUUCUCCACUUCAAUAAAGCCACUGGUCAGCUGGUGCCUAUGCAUAGAUUUAAAGUGACAUUUUUUUGUUUUUUAGUUAAUUUUUAUGGCAUGUGUUUGGCAGUGGAAACCUUGACUUCCAAAGUAUUAUAUACCGAGGCUGGUAAAUACGAACUCUUUUUUUCAGAUCCUGCAGGAGCACUUAAAAUUUUAUUUGGAAGAUUUGCAGGGUGAUCAUUUAAGUCUUAGCAUUCAGCCCUAUAACUACUUAUGCACCAGGUAUUUGGAUAGCCAGCAGGCAGUGAUGGAAACACACGCUUCAGUGAUAGUUGCAUGAGCUUUGAGCAUUUGAACAUCUGUAUUUAAUUACAGGGAGACUCAUUACAUGAACUUUUUUUCACUGUCAUAACUGCUUAUUAAGCCUGUUGGGCCUUCUGGUACAAAUCAUUGCUGGCAAAAGCCUUCCUCCUUUCCGAUGCCUCUCCAGAUUUGGGUAGAGGACAAAUGGCAUACAGUAGUUGCUUCCUUCUUUCUAGGAAAGUUUUACUGCCACCUCAAGGAUGUAUAUGACCAGUUGCUCCUAAGAGCACAGUUGUUCCCUGUACUGGAAAAUGGUGACCACAGUGUUUCUAAAAGUCACCAAUAUUCACUGUUAGACACUGGGAAUGUUGAUGUGAAGUUAGAACACAGAAAUCGUUUGGUCUGCAAGUACCUGUCAUCUGUCAGCCUUUACUCAUAAGUAAGUCCUAUUGUGUUUAGUAAGUCCAAUUUUCAAAAAAAGUGGAGCUCUCAUCAGUAGGGGAGACGUGAUGAUUAAGUCUUCCUCCAUUUCUCAUUUUUCUUCAACACCUUCCCUCUCAUAUUUCUUUGUUUGGGGACUAUAAGCUUAAUUGCAGAGUAAAGGUACUCCUCCCCUUUCUUCUCAUCUGUAAAUCACCCCGUCCUGAUUGCUCCAUAUAGGUGAAGAGUCAAUGGCAAGAAGUUCCCCAGAAUGUAUUGUGGAUGGCUGUGCAAUUAGAUGAGGUUCAAGCCAUAUGUCUUUAGCUUUGGGGAUGAAGUUCAAUGUGACAUACCUAGAGAACUCCCUUGUCUACAGCAUUAGAAUCAGCUAAAGAAGGAUCAGUGUCAUAAACAUUUGGAAACACUUCUAGACCUAUGCAGUAAAGUAGGAUGUGGAAGGAUUUUUUAAAAAAAUGAUAACAUUUAUUAUUUCAACCAUUUCGGGGGGGGAGGGAUUGUAGAAGGCAAUUCUGAAAAGGUAAUAAAAAAAUUGCCUAUUAAAUUACUUAAAGACAAAUUAAUGUUUCUUCCAUGUCUAAUUUUCUGUUUUUGAUUUUCUUUUAGAAUAGAUGGAUUUUUUUAUAUGUGUGUAUAAUGUUGUAGAUACAUUGAAGUGAUUAUCUUGUUAAUGAAUCAGUGCAAUUCACUGUUAUCUAUCAUCUAGGAAGUAUCCAACAUUUCAGUGAGUUUUCUGGCAAAACAUGUCAAUAAAAUCCUAUUGAUUUUCACA